CGUACACUUUACUUCACAGGCUUUCCUCCUCGAACGACAUAUGAAGAUUUGGUGUCAGUGAUCAGAGGUGGGAAACUGCUCAGCAUCAACUUGCGUUCGGAGAAGAGUGCCACUGUGACCUUUCUGGACGGUGCGGCCGAAUACCUCGCAUGGGCCAAGCGGAACGACGUGUACAUUCAUUCAAAGCGUAUCGAAGUUCGAUGGGCAGAACGCCAAUUCCGCCUGAACAACCACAUCGCCCACAAAAUCACCAACGGAGCCACUCGCAACAUCCGCAUUCGUGGAGCCGCGGACAAAGGUCUGACUGAAGAUGUCAUACGGGACGACAUGGAGCACAUUCACAAUCUGAUCAUCAUCUCUGUUGACUUCCGCAAAGGUGAUGCGUUCGUGUCGACCAACUCUGUUCACAAUGCCCUCUUUGCCAGGACUUGCAUGAUGAGUCGGAGUUCUUACAAAGGUUGUAAGAUCGAGUUCUACCCGGAUGAAUGCGAUGUUCCGCUUCCAGCUCGCAACCAGCAUGUCAAGAACGGAGGCCGAGAGCCUGACGCACGGAACACGUCGCUGGCUAAUCGAUUCGAUAUGCUUGAUAUCGACGGCACCUGCUCUUCUGAUGACGAG